AGCUUAGAGGCGAGCGGGGAUAGGUUACUGGGCGGGCGGAAGGUUUGAAUGGUCAACGCUUGCGGCUGUUGAUAUUCUUGCUCGCAGGCUACAAUUUUGGCCUUCUGCGCGGGGAAGAAGCUGAGUCCGACGUUGGCCUACCCAGUCGGGAGGCAGAGUUGCAGUCUGGUUAACUGCCUCCUUUCCCCCAGAUUUUCUUUCAUUCUGCUCGAGUCUUCGCCUGUGUCCGAUCCCUAUCCACUUUCCCUCCUCUGGUAGGCAAGCCUCAGACUCCAGGCUUGAGGUUUAUGUUUUUCUCCUGGUGAGAAUUCGAAGACCAUGUCUACGGAACUCUUCUCAUCCACAAGAGAGGAAGGAAGCUCUGGCUCAGGACCCAGUUUUAGGUCUAAUCAAAGGAAAAUGUUAAACCUGCUCCUGGAGAGAGAGACUUCCUUUACUGUCUGUCCAGAUGGCCCUAGCACUCCUGUGGGCAAAUUUAUUGGUGAUUCUGCAAACCUAAGCAUUUUGUCUGGAGGAACCCCAAAACGUUGCCUCGAUCUUUCGAAUCUUAGCAGUGGGGAGAUAACUGCCACUCAGCUUACCACUUCUGCAGACCUUGAUGAAACUGGUCACCUGGAUUCUUCAGGACUUCAGGAAGUACGUUUAGCCGGGAUGAAUCAUCACCAGCACCUAAUGAAAUGCAGCCCAGCACAGCUUCUUUGUAGCACUCCGAAUGGUUUGGACCGUGGCCAUAGAAAGAGAGAUGCAAUGUGUAGCUCGUCUGCAAAUAAAGAAAAUGAAAACGGCACUUUGAAACCCUUGGAGUGUCGGGUACCCAGGAACCUGAGGUUUCAAAAGAGACCAGGGGAACUUUAUAUGUCUCCUCUUUCUCUGCUGGACAAUGGAAACUUGGUGGACAGUGAAAUGAAAUAUCUGGGCAGUCCUAUUACUGCUAUUCCAAAGUUGGAUAAAAAUCCAAACCUAGGAGAAGACCAGGCAGAAGAGAUUUCAAAUGAAUUAAUGGAGUUUUCCCUGGAAGAUCAAGAAGCAAAGGCAUCAGUGAACAGAAGCUGCCUAUAUCGCUCCCCCUCGAUGCCAGAGAACUUGAAUAGGCCAAGACUAAAGCAGGUGGAAAAAUUCAAGGACAACACGAUACCAGACAAAGUUAAAAAAAAGUAUUUUUCUGGCCAAGGAAAACUCAGGAAGGGCUUACAUUUAAAGAAGACAGUCUCUCUGUGUGACAUUAAUAUCACUCAGAUGCUGGAGGAAGAUUCUAACCAGGGGCACCUGAUUGGUGAUUUUUCCAAGGUAUGUGUGCUGCCAACCGUGUCAGGGAAACACCAAGAUCUGAAGUAUGUCAACCCAGAAACAGUAAGCAGAUUUCUGGAGAUGGUGGCUGCCUUACUGUUGGGGAAGUUCCAGGGUCUGAUUGAGAAGUUUUAUGUCAUUGAUUGUCGCUAUCCAUAUGAGUACCUGGGAGGACACAUCCAGGGAGCCUUAAACUUGUAUAGUCAGGAAGAACUGUUUAGCUUCUUUCUGAAGAAGCCCAUUGUCCCUUUGGACACCCAGAAGAGAAUAAUCAUCGUGUUCCACUGUGAAUUCUCCUCAGAGAGGGGCCCCCGAAUGUGCCGCUCUCUGCGUGAAGAGGACAGAUCUCUGAACCAGUAUCCUGCAUUGUACUACCCAGAGCUAUAUAUCCUUAAAGGCGGCUACAGAGACUUCUUUCCAGAAUAUUUGGAGCUCUGUGAACCACAGAGCUACUGCCCUAUGCAUCAUCACGACCACAAGGCUGAGUUGCUGAGGUGUCGAAGCCAGAGCAAAGUGCAGGAAGGGGAGCGGCAGCUGCGGGAGCAGAUUGCCUUUCUGGUGAAGGAUGUGAGCCCGUGACAACAUUCCAACCACUGGCUGCUAACGAGUCACCAAAAGACAUUGCAGAAACCCUGAGCAGAAAGAGGCCUUCUGGAUGACCAAACCCAAGAUUAUUAAAAGAUGUCUCUGCAAACCACCAGGCUGCCAACUUGUAUACAGGCCUGGGAAUGGAUUAGGUUUCAGCAGAGCUGAAAGCUGGUGUUGUAGUCCUGGAGUGGCUCUAUAAGGCAGGUUUGAGUUGCAGAGAGAUUUUUGUUGGUUCAGGGAACUCUGGCAUUCCUCUUCCCAACUCCUCAUGUUGGGUGGAUGCAAGAGAGUUGUCCACCCUCUUUGUAUUUUCCUUCUUUGUUUCCCCCUCUAUUUUAAAAUUGGAAAAAUAAACACUACGGAAUGAGA